AAAUAUAAAGUCGUACAAAAAACGCUAAUGUACGACAUGGAUUUCUCAUGAAGCAGAAGUUGGUGGCCUGUUCUACACAAUAAACAACACUAAAUCGUUUCAAAAAAUAUUUUGAUCAGUAUUCGAAAAACGAAAAAAAAAACUAUGUCGUCGAACAUAAUUCACGACGCCGAUGGAUCGCCUUCGCGAAUCGUAUUGUCGGAGCCUACUGGAUCAACUGCUGAGGUGCUUUUACAUGGUGGACAGGUUGUUUCUUGGAAGAAUGAGCGAAGAGAAGAACUGCUUUUCAGGAUUAAUAAGACCCUGUGGAAACCUCCUAAAGCCAUCAGAGGCGGAAUACCUAUCAGCUUUCCACAGUUUGGAAGUUUUGGUUCUUUAGAGCGACAUGGUUUUGCAAGAAACAGAGUGUGGUCCUUGGAUGAUUCUCCUUCUCCUCUACCUGCAGCAAACAGUCAGUCAACUGUGGAUCUCAUCUUGAAAUCCACAGAGGAGGAUCUGAAAACUUGGCCACAUAGGUUUGAGGUGCGGCUACGUGUCUCUCUCACUGCUGGCAAGCUGACUUUGAUCCCUCGUGUGAGAAAUAUAGAUAACAAGCCAUUCUCAUUCACGAUCUCUCUGCGUAACUAUUUAUCUGUUUCUGAUAUCAGUGAAGUGCGUGUGGAGGGCUUGGAGACGCUUGACUACUUCGAUAAUUUGCAGCUGAGAGAAAGAUACACAGAGCAGGCAGAUGCAAUUACCUUUGAUAGUGAGAUUGACAGGGUAUAUCUGAGCACACCAAAGAAAAUUGCGAUAAUAGACCAUGAGAAGAAGAGAACCUAUGUCAUUCAGAAAGAAGGCAUGCUAGAUGCUGUUGUUUGGAAUCCUUGGGACAAAAAA